CGUCGAGUGUGUAUUGUGUCUGAAUGUGACGCAGGCGGCGGGGAGGAACAACACUCUACGACCAAAACAACCACGAACCUCGGCUUGGUUUUUGCUUCGCCACAACAAGACAUGGAGGUCGGCACCGAGGCCAAGAGGAUCAUGGUGGUCGCGCUGGGGAAACUGUACAGCUCACGGACCCAGCGAGGAGGUCUCCGUCUGCACCGCAGCCUCCUGCUGUCCCUGGUCAUGAAGUCCGCCAGGGACAUCUACCACGCCGCCUACACGGAGCCGCAGAUCACGGGGUGUCUGGAGGAGCUCUACCCGGUGGGGAUUAACUCAGAACUUGAAGCCUCCGCGGAGGUUCCGUCUGAACCCGCUCGGUCCGCGGACGACAAGGAGAACGCGUGCCCGUCUGCUCCGACGUCCCCCUCCAGGAAGCGGCGGGGCAGGAAGGCGGCGGUGCCGGACUUCCUUCCGUGCAAGAAAGCCAAACUGGAGCAACAGCUAAGCUCCGCGUUGACGGACUUUGGGAGCUACUCUGACCUAGCGGUCCCGCAGAGCCCGCUGUUGGUCCACAGAACUGUGGCGGUGUGUUGACGCUCAGGCGGCGGAGGGACGUUUACGUUGCGCUUCUGCGCUGGAGCUACGCGCGGAGAACCUUCCCGCUCUCCCCGCAGGCCGAGGGAGGGUGCGCCCAACCCGGCGAGGUCCUCGGCCCCGGGUGCGUGAGCGCAGCUGCUGGGUCACUUCCUGGGAGCCAAGAGACGGACGUGAUUUUGUAGAUGCGUGUACAUACAUGUCGACUGAGUCUACCUCAGUAUUUAUUAAACCUUUUGUACGUCACGCCAGUGUUGUCAUGUUCAUUUGUUCUCGGUUGGCCGUGAGACCGGGGGUGAAGUUGUUUCCCACCCCCUAGCUCUGAUUUACAAAACAAAAGCAGGAGAUUGGGGCUCCACUGAAGGUUGUAAAGCAGCUGACAAUCAUGAACCCCCGCGGUCACGCCUUUGUAUUCGGCUUCCAUUGAACGAGGGAAAGGAUCCUCAAAUACGCCAAUGAAUGUCAAGUGAUGCAAGUGCUUGGGUUUUCUAUCUUAAAUAGUUCCUCCAGAAAUAUAUGUAUGUGCGUUCACAGCGUCUGAAAGUGUAGGAAUGUUGACAAAUUGUGACUUCAAGACAACAAACAACAGGGAGUCACACACAGACCACCGGUGGCAAUGUGGCGCUGGGGGAGGGGGUUAAGCCCAGGAACACGGAGGAAGGAAUGUGGGGGGAAGUGCAUGUCAGAGUCCCAAGUGGCCUCCACGGUGCUGCCGAUUCUUCCGGAUGAAACCAGAGCACCCUCUCAGGGGCCGGAACCGUCUGGAGAUGCCUUUGGAAUUCCACACGCAUGUGUUCUUCAGGGGCAUGUUGGGACUAACUUUGAACUGCAACUGCUGCUCCUGGACCUCCAAAUAAACACACAAGUUGGGGGAGAUCUUGUUCCUAGACAAACAGUCGUCCCGUCAUUUAAGGCUGUCAAGCUCGAGACGGUAUCAAUGGUACAAAAGUAUCCGUGUAUUCCUUUGCUAAAUGGUUGGGACUUAAUCUACCUCUGACUAUUAAUCUCAAUGUCUGAGUCACACUAGCACUGCAAAUAAUACAUACUAGUUCAUUUGUGUAAUAUUUCUUAAGAUGCAUCUCAUCAAAUAACAAUAAAAAAAAACU